CACCUCAGACAAUUCUCGUACAAGGUCGUCGUCACGCUCAGUCUCCGCACAACGAUGGACGCCGCCGAAUGUGACAAACUAAGCGAUGGAAUCGCGUCACCCCUGUGGAUGUUCUGGAAGCGACGACGCUACACGGUGGUCCUGAUGACCUUUCUGGGGUACUUUAACGUAUACUCGCUACGGGUCAACCUGAGCGUAGCGAUCGUGGCGAUGACCGAACCUCGGCUGACCGUACUGAGCAAUGGUACAGUGAGUUACCAACCGGAGUUUGACUGGAGCUCCAGCGAUCAGGGUUACGUGCUGAGUUCGUUCUUCUACGGCUACCUGCUAACGCAGGUGCUCGGAGGGUACCUGUCGAAUCGGUACGGUGGUACAAAUGUCUUUGGAGUUGGAAUCGGUGGGACGGCCCUGCUAACACUGCUAACGCCAGUGGCCGCUACAGCCGGCGUCGGAUGGUUGAUUGUAAUCCGGAUACUGGAAGGAAUGCUCGAAGGGGUGACCUUUCCCUGCGGGCAUGCCAUAUGGUCCUGCUGGGCGCCGCCUAGCGAACGAUCGCGAAUGUCUACGAUCGCAUUUACGGGAGCGUUUGCCGGAACGGUGGCGACAAUGCCUCUGAGUGGAGUUAUUGCGGAUCGUUGGGGCUGGGAGUGGGUUUUCUACUUUUUUGGGACUGUAGCUUGUGGUUGGUACAUCGCUUGGAUCGCGAUCGUUCGAAGGUCGCCGGAAUAUGAUGAUCGAAUUUCUCAUGGAGAAAGGAAGUUCAUUUUGCAGACGUUAGACACUACCGAAACAGCUACGGAUAAAGUUCAACAUCCUUGGAGGGAGAUGUUUACGUCAAAAGCAGUAAUCUCAAUGUCGAUUGCAAGUUUCACUGAAGAUUGGGGUUAUUACACGCUACUUACCGGAUUACCGACGUUCCUGAAAACCGUUCUCAACUUUGACCUCAAACAAUCUGGACUACUCUCGGCACUACCCUACCUGGCCAUGGGCAUCCUCCUCAGUUCAUCCGGCUACGUAGCCGAUUGGUUGCAGAUCCGCAACUACUUGACGACCUCCCAGGUCCGGAAGUACUUUACCUGCGGUGGCUUUUUGGUUCAGCUAAUUUGCAUGCUGGUCGGUGCCCUCGCACUCAGUCCAUUGCCCACAAUCACCUGCGUGACGAUCGCCGUCGGAUUCGGGGGAGUCGCCUGGACCGGUUACCUGGUGAACCCGCUGGAUCUGUCGCCCAAGAGUGCCGGAGUACUGAUGGGUAUCUCCAACGGGUUUGCAACCUUUGCCGGGGUUAUCAGUCCGAUCGUCAGUGGAUACAUCACGACCAGCAACGGGGAAGAUGAGUGGAGGUUGGUGUUCUACAUAGCGGCGGGGAUCUACGUCGUUGGAACGGUCAUCUACUGGGUGUGGAGUUCCGGCGAACUGCAGCCUUGGUCGAUUGAAGUUCGAGAGAGGAAAAAUAAAGCCGAGGAACGAUCGUAA